ACUAUUCUUUUUUCUUUUUUUGGUUAUUUUUGUUUGUUUGAAAUAUGUUUACUACAAAAACAAACAAAGUACAUUCUGUACCUGUUUUUCAAUCAAAAACAUUACAACAACCAUCUACUAUACAACAUGAUCAACCUGAUCUUCAACAAUUAUCUUCAUUAAUUCAACAAGUAUCUAGUCAAAUUAAUCUCAUGUUAUCACAACAACAACAACAACAGCAGCAACAACAACCACAACAGAAAAAUUCCGAAAAUACGAAUGGUCGUGAUAGAUUAGAGGAACAACCUACUUGUACAUACCAUAUGCCCCCUUGUCAUGCGUCACAUUAUCCUUCUUACCCCGUUUGUCGGAAUAACAACAAUAACAACAUGAUGACUUGUAUGCCACAAUAUCAUUAUCCAUCCUUAUCACAUUCUUUAUCCUCUUUGGUUUCUUCAGCACAUUAUCCUCCAUUACAACAAUCAUCCACUUGUUCAAAGGAUUUAUGGCAUCAACGACAACGACAACAUCUUCAUUGUUGUAAUUAUGACCCAUAUAUGUCAAAUAUAUUAUGCUCUUGUCAACAUCAACAUUAUCAUACACCUGGACCGAGCGACUCCAUUAACCCGACUAUCUCCUCCUCACCGCCUCCUUCAACAAAAUCAUCCAAAAUGACAAAUGUGGCAGAUAAUACUAUGACAACGACAACUUUAAGGAAUUCAUUAGGACAAUUCACUACUGGUACAAGAACAACACGUACUAAACGACGAUCUCCUACUGACCCUCUUCCACCUGUGCCUGAUGUCAACGAUGUUUCAAAUGGUAAUGAUAUCACGACAGACGAUCAUGUGGCUCAUCAUUAUCAUCCUUCCUCCAUUCUUCAUACUUGCGCAGAUAUUAGUCCUCCUCCACCUCCACGCUCUUCUUGUUCAUAUCCUGCAACAGCUGCAAUAACAACGGAGAAUUUACCAUCACAACAACAACGACUUUCUUGGACAGAAGUUUAUCGACAAGAACUAUUGGCUAAACAGGAUGCAUUGAUUUCACCUCAACCAUCUGCUUUUGAUACUUUCCAUAGUCCUCCUUCUUCUCCUCAACAACAUCUAUAUUCCCGAAGCAAGAAACAUGAUUAUUCUCAUUUGCGCAAUUGGUGGCAGCAUAACAAACUCAAAUGGAUACGAUUCAAGAAACGAACAAUUACUCCUGACAAAGCUUGUGUUUAAUUCGAUUCCAUCUUCUUCUAUUCCCCCCCUUUUUUUUUUUCUCCUAUUCCAC